GAUAAUUUAACUAAAAUUCAAGUCGGUCACAUUGAGAAAAAUGUAAUAAUAGAAAAAGCAUGGGUAAGAAAUUGUUGUAGAUGGGAAGCUUAAAAGAAAGCUAAAAUCAUGGAUUUAAAAUUUUGUGGUUAAAGGUUCCAGUCCACCAUCAAGACCAAGAUAAAUCAAAGGAAUUGAUAUACUGGACCCGACACCGAAAAUCUUAUCCGGAUCAGGAAAUGGAUUUAGGGAAGAUUAAGUUAGAGAUGGUACAUUCAGUUGGCGCCAAGCCAUAAGAAAAGCUCAGAAUUAGAUGAAAUGAAAGGAUGUGCAAGUAAAGUCUAUCCACUUCGUAACUUAAAUACCGCCUGCCUAUCGUGCCUUCUCUCUCUUCCUUCUGUCGGUUACUUCUUUAAAUUCCUCUUUCAUUGGCUUUCAAAUUAGUCUCUCUUUCUCUCUCCGCUAGACACACACACACACUCUUCUUUACUCUUCCCUUGCUUGCUUGCUUGCUUGCUUUUCCAUCUUCCUUCUUGCCAUAUAUAAUUUUGUAUUAAUUUUGUGAUUCUGCUACAACAUAAGUUGGUUCCACUUCAUUGUUCUGCAUAUUGGGUGGUGGGAUCAUUUGGGUUCGGCUUUUUUUUUUGGCAUCUCCUUGCUGUUGAAGAAAUUAGGUUCCCAGCUGCGAGUCUCAUGGGGUUCGGAGAAACAAAAAGUUCACCAGGCUAUGGCAAUCCACCCUGGAUUUUCAAAGGCAGUGCCUUGUAUCAACUCCAUCUUGUCAAAGCUGAAACUGUUAGAGCAUUCAUACCCAAGGAGUUACGCCUAGUUGAAGCUUUUGGAUACACACUGGGUGGUUUUUUCCUUGCCAACUACGAUGACAGCCCUGCUGGGGUGUUUGAUGAGCUUGUGGUGAUAGCAGGAAUUGUGUGGAAUCCCCCAACGUCUUGCGCUUGGGCAGCCAGGGUUCUUGUAAACAGUGAAGAAGCUUGUCACCAUGGACGCAAGGAGGUAGGGCUUCCAAGUCAAGUAGCCAGAUUUUCAAAGGUAGUCCUCAUUCUGCCAGACUCACUAAUUACACCAGUUCCUAGACAAAGAAAGUACAAAUUUGGUGGCUUUCUAAGCAUGAUUGGUGUUGGCACAACAAUCUGCCACUCAAAAGAUUGCAUGGACGUUCAGGUGACAGAAGUUGUGGGUCCUGCUUCAUCAGAUCUCUGUAAUAUCAAACUUAUGACUGAUGUGCCUACACCGAAAUUCAACAAAUGGAUGGGCCCAUCCAUCACAAUGUCACUUCCAAGCUUUAGUGGCCAAACAGAGUAUAAUCCCAACCUUUUGAAGUAUUCAUGCCGCCUUGCCUGCAGAGUACGAGCAGUGCGACCAGCAAAGGUAUCAGGGCCAUCACCAUUAAAGAAGGAAAGAAGCCAUGAUUCUGAAAGCAGAGGGUUUACAGCCGAGGAAGUGGUAGAUAAUGCAAGAAACCUAAGCAUAUCGGUUAUGUUAUCAAAGCCUAUACUAGCUUUGGAGUUCAAUUUCUUGGAAAUGCAAGUUGAAGCUCCCAUCAUACUAUCCAACAACACUACAAGCUCUUUACCAGCCGCUUGAAACCCCCCCCCCCCAAAGCACACACACAAAAACAUGCUCCUUUUUGUUUCUUGUUUUUAACAUCAACAUCAGCUAAUAAGAUUCUAGACUCCAGGUUCCAUUUCAAACAUUACUCCCCAACAGAACAAGAGAUGUUAAAGGCUUUUUUUCUUUUUGGAGAUAUAUAUUUCCUUUCCUUGAGAUUCAAGAGCUUUACAAAAAUGUUUCUACAUGGAAAGAUAAUCAAACCAAGGAACAAACAAACAAAUGCAAUUUUCAACUUCAGACUUGAGCAUCAAACUUACUUACAAGCUCCAACUGUAUUCUCGACACAACUUAACUGAUGAGCGGGGAUCAGAAUGCUUCUGGUAAUGGCCUGCCUUCCAAAAAUGCCUUGAAUAGAACCAGUGAUCUCUCAGGCUGCGAGAAUGGGGCUUCAUGAGAUGCUCCUCUUAUUGUGGCAAACGAUAGGAUGUUACCAUAAGCUUGAGUCCACCCACCAACCUGCAAACCAAAAAUAGUUAUUGUAAUAAUACCACAAAUCAUAAUAUUACCAUAAGCUUCAAAUUUCAAUAA